AUGGACGCCGCCGGCGAGAUCCAUCGCGGGUUCGGGGGCCUGCGGCGGGGGGGGAGCUCGAACGCCUUCUCGCGGUCGUCCCACCGCGCGGACGAGCACGACGACGAGGAGGCGCUGCGGUGGGCGGCGCUGGAGCGGCUGCCCACCCGCGACCGCGCCCGGACGGCGGUGCUCGACCACUUCCCGGGGCGGGACGACGGCGUCAGGGCGGUCGACGUCGGCAGGCUCGGCGCGGGCGAGCGGGCCGCGCUGCUCCGGCGCGUGGCCAGCGUCGCCGACGACCACGGCCGGUUCCUCGCCCGGUUCAAGGAGCGCGUCGACCGGGUCGGGGUCGAGCUGCCCACCAUCGAGGUCAGGUACGAGAGCCUCUGCGUGGAGGCCGAGGCGUACGUGGGGAGCCGCGGCCUGCCCACCAUCCUCCAUACCUACGCCAAUGUGCUCGAGGGAAUGGCAAAUUCUCUGCACAUCACACCAAAUAGGAAGCAGAAGAUAUCAGUCCUUCACAAUGUCAGCGGGACCAUCAAGCCGCACAGGAUGACCUUGCUUUUGGGUCCUCCUGGUGCUGGGAAAACGACGCUGCUCCUGGCGUUGGCGGGGACGCUCCCUUCAAGCCUUGAGAUGUCAGGCAAAAUAACAUACAACGGGCAUACGAUGGAUGAGUUUGUGCCCCGGAGGUCGGCGGCUUAUGUGAGCCAAAACGAUCUACAUAUCGGUGAACUGACGGUUCGUGAGACGGUCAACUUCUCUGCAAAAUGCCAAGGAAGUGGUCACCGAUUCGAUCUGCUGAUGGAGCUAUCGAGGAGAGAAAAGGAAGCAAAUAUCAAACCUGAUCCAGAAAUAGAUGUCUACUUGAAGGCUGCUGCAACAGGAGAACAGAAAGCUGAGGUGGUCACGAAUCACAUACUAAAGAUCCUGGGAUUGGAUAUGUGCGCCGACACAAUCGUAGGAAAUAACAUGUUGAGAGGAAUAUCAGGAGGGCAAAAAAAGAGAGUGACCACAGCUGAGAUGCUCGUCACACCAGGACGGGCCCUUUUCAUGGACGAAAUAUCAACUGGACUUGACAGUUCGACUACCUUCCAGAUUGUGAACUCCAUCCGGCAAACUAUUCACAUUCUUGGCGGAACAGCAGUUAUUUCCUUGCUGCAACCUGCACCUGAGACAUAUGAAUUGUUUGACGAUAUAAUUCUCCUCUCAGACGGUCAGGUUGUCUACAAUGGCCCCCGUGAACAUGUGCUUGAGUUUUUUGAAUCAGUGGGUUUCAAAUGUCCCGAGAGAAAAGGUGUAGCUGACUUCUUGCAGGAGGUUACAUCAAGGAAAGAUCAGAGACAGUACUGGAUACACAGUGACGAGACAUACCGAUAUGUUGCUGUGAAGAACUUUGCAGAGGCAUUUCAAUCUUUCCAUGUUGGUCAGGCUAUAAGAAGUGAGUUGUCUGUCCCAUUUGACAAGAGCAGGAGCCAUCCUGCUGCCCUGAAAACAUCAAAAUAUGGUGCCAACAUGAAAGAGCUGCUUAAAGCUAACAUCAACAGAGAGAUGUUGCUCAUGAGAAGAAACUCCUUUGUGUAUAUAUUCAAGGCAACUCAGUUGACGCUAAUGGCAAUCAUCACAAUGACGGUCUUUCUUCGGACAAAUAUGCAUCAUGACUCGAUAACAAAUGGAGGGAUAUACAUGGGUGCACUGUUCUUUGGGAUCGUGAUGAUCAUGUUCAAUGGGUUAGCAGAAGUGGGCCUAACUGUUGCAAAGCUCCCUGUUUUCUUCAAACAAAGGGAUCUCCUCUUCUUUCCAGCAUGGACGUAUUCCUUGCCAUCAUGGAUCAUUAAAACACCCCUCUCCUUGCUGAAUGCAUCAAUAUGGGUCUUCAUAACAUACUACGUCAUUGGAUUUGAUCCCAAUGUAGAGAGACUUUUUAGACAGUUCCUGCUCCUCUUAGUAAUGAGUGAGACGGCAUCUGGCCUCUUCCGCUUCAUUGCUGGUCUUGCAAGGAAUCAGAUUGUUGCGAACACCAUUGGUUCAUUCUUCUUAUUAAUCUGUAUGCUUACAGGCGGAUUCGUCCUGUCAAGAGAGAAUGUGAAGAAAUGGUGGAUAUGGGGGUAUUGGAUAUCACCGCUGAUGUAUGCACAAAAUGCCAUAUCAGUAAAUGAAUUCCUAGGUGACAGCUGGAAUAAGACAAUCACCGGUUUCAAAGAACCACUUGGAAGACUAGUUCUGGAAUCCCGUGGAAUGCUUACUGAGGCAAAAUGGUAUUGGAUUGGUGUUGGUGCAUUGCUCGGAUAUGUGCUGCUAUUCAAUGCCCUCUACACUAUCUGCCUCACAUUUCUCAAACCAUUUGACAGCAGUCAGCAAACAAUAUCUGAGGAAACGAUGAAGAUAAAACAGGCUAAUUUAACGGGUGAAAUUCUGGAAGAAACAUCAACACUCGAUACUGCAGAUGAGAGCAACGGUGAAUCAACUUCAAACAACGCAACAGUGAAUUCUUGUCCAAGCAAGAAAGGAAUGAUCCUCCCUUUUACACCUCUCUCCCUCACAUUCGAAGAUAUAAGAUACAGUGUAGACAUGCCAGAGGAAGUCAAAGCACAAGGUGUGAAAGAGGACCGAUUGGAACUGCUGAAGGGUAUCAGUGGUUCAUUUAGGCCAGGUGUGCUUACAGCUCUCAUGGGUGUCAGUGGUGCCGGUAAGACCACACUGAUGGAUGUGCUGGCUGGAAGAAAGACAAGUGGAUACGUAGAGGGCAGCAUUACAAUAUCUGGCUACCCAAAGAAGCAAGAAACUUUUGCUCGUGUGUCAGGAUACUGUGAACAGAAUGAUAUCCAUUCACCAAAUGUGACCGUCUACGAGUCCCUUGCAUUCUCUGCAUGGCUACGAUUGCCAGCUGAUGUUGAUUCCUCAACAAGAAAGAUGUUCAUCGAUGAGGUCAUGGAGCUUGUGGAGCUUUCCCCCUUAAAAGAUUCAUUGGUUGGACUACCUGGUGUGACUGGAUUAUCAACUGAGCAAAGGAAAAGACUAACAAUUGCAGUGGAGCUGGUAGCUAACCCUUCUAUAAUUUUCAUGGAUGAACCGACAUCUGGACUUGAUGCAAGAGCUGCAGCCAUUGUCAUGAGGACAAUAAGGAAUACAGUGGAUACAGGAAGGACAGUAGUUUGCACAAUUCACCAACCAAGCAUCGACAUAUUUGAAUCUUUUGAUGAGCUCUUCCUGAUGAAACGAGGAGGUGAAGAGAUUUAUGUAGGUCCGCUGGGACGCCAUUCGUGUGAAUUGAUUAAAUAUUUUGAGGCUAUUGAAGGUGUGAGCAAGAUAAAAGACAGCUAUAAUCCUUCAACAUGGAUGCUGGAAGUGACUAGUGCAGUACAAGAACAGAUAACUGGGAUCAACUUCAGCCAAGUAUACAAGAAUUCUGAACUAUAUGGGAUGAACAAAAAUUUAAUAAAGGAGCUAAGCACACACCCCGAAGGUUCAAAUGACCUAUCCUUUCCAACGCAGUACUCGCAGACCUUCCUCACCCAAUGUUUCGCUUGCCUGUGGAAGCAAAGUCAGUCAUAUUGGAGAAAUCCCCCAUAUACUGCUGUCAAGUACUUCUACACCGUAGUAAUGGCACUGUUGUUUGGAACAAUGUUCUGGGGCAUUGGCAGGAAAAGGCAGAGUCAACAGGACUUGUUCAAUGCCAUGGGUUCCAUGUACGCCUCAGUUUUGUACAUGGGGGUACAGAAUUCCGCGACAGUUCAGCCAGUUGUGGCUGUUGAGCGCACUGUCUUUUAUAGGGAAAGAGCGGCUCACAUGUACUCGCCUUUGCCAUAUGCAUUGGGGCAGGUCGCAAUUGAGCUUCCAUACAUCUUUGUUCAGUCUUUAAUAUAUGGCGUGAUAGUGUAUGCCAUGAUUGGGUUCGAAUGGGAAGCUGUGAAGCUGUUCUGGUACCUGUUCUUCAUGUUCUUCACCCUAUCAUACUACACAUUUUACGGGAUGAUGACGGUGGGCCUGACUCCAAACUACAACAUCGCUUCCGUUGUUUCGUCAGCAUUCUACACCAUGUGGAACCUCUUCUCGGGAUUUAUAAUACCAAGAACGAGAAUCCCAAUAUGGUGGAGGUGGUAUUACUGGCUCUGCCCUGUUUCGUGGACACUGUAUGGUCUGGUAGUUUCACAGUUUGGGGACGUUACCGAGAAGUUGGACAAUGGCAUGCUCGUGUCCGAGUUUGUCGAGGGCUACUUCGGUUACCAUCACGACUUCCUGUGGGCGGUCGGUCUGGUGGUCGCCUCGUUUGCAGUUCUCUUCGCUUUCCUCUUCGGGCUCUCAAUCAAGCUAUUCAACUGGCAGAAGAGAUGA